AUGUCUGGACAAUCACAUCACCACACAACCACAACAACCACAACAACCACAACUACCAACACCACCAUGGACUCUCAAACAACUUCUCAAACAACACUAAAACCCGAAGAGGCUCAAAGUUUUGAAGAAUUAAUUUCAUUUUGUGAACAUGAAAAAUCAGAAAUUCAAAUCACUGCACUCUCUCAUCUACUCUCCAUCUUUAAAAAUCAUUUACAAUAUAUCAAGUAUUUGAAAUAUCAUUCUCGAUUAAUGGAAAAGUGUAUGAAAAUACUAGUGACAUUGAUUGAGAACAGUAUGUUACCAACGAGUCGACCAUCGAGAGAGAUUCAAACAUGUAAAUUAGCUUUAUCAUGUCUCAUUAUUCUAUCUCAAGAUGAAAGUACUCUCUUAUUGAAUGAAAUGGUCAAGAAUAAUAUUAUUGAAAUUUUAACAAGACCAUUGGAUCAUUUUAAAUCCACCAAUGAUGUUCCAUGUACAUCAUCCAAUACAACACAAAAUACAAGUACCAUCAUGGAAUAUGUGUUAUUAUUACUCAGUAAUUUGACAUCAUGUUCAGAACAAGCAAGAUUGAAAUUUCUUCAAAUGGAUGGAAAUUUGAAAUCUAUAAGACUUGAUCAAUUGAAAAUUAAUAAGAAGGAUGAUAGGAAUGAUGAUGAUGAGAAGGAUGAUAGGAAUGAUGAUGAGAAGGAUGAUUCUGACUCUGAUUCAACUUCUGACUCUGAUUCAACCAGUAGUAGUAGUAGCAGUGAUGAAGAUGAUAACACUCCUCGAGAUGAAAUUAUUAGAAAAUUAUUGAAUUAUUUCAUGAAUCAUAGACAACAAACACUCUCCAAUCAAUAUUCGAUAUCUCUUCAAUACUCUUAUUUAAUACCAACCAUAUUAGCUAAUUUAGCUGUCAAUGAUCAUGCCAAACAUGCAAUGACAACCAUAGUAUCAUCAUCAUGUUCACAUUUACAUACUCUUUUAUUUCAUAAUAGAAAUAUUAACUUAUUCCAAAGUCAUGUGGAUAUUCAUGAAGAUCAAUGUAUGAGAAGAAGAGCCAUACUCUCUCUAUUGAAGAAUUGUUUAUUUGAUAAAAAGAAUAUUCGAUCCAUUCUAUUGUAUCAAACGACUCGUCAAGUUGAAAAUUCUAAUAAGAAUUCUACUAUUACUCGUGAGAAUUCAUCUACAAGUAAUCAUUCGAUUCAUGAGAAUUCAUCUACAAGUAAUCAUUCGAUUCAUGAGAAUUCAUCUACAAGUAAUCAUCAUGAAAAGAAUAUCAUGAUGGAUGAAAACUCUUCAACCAUUCAAGUCAUGGAUUUAAUUCUCUAUCAAUUAACACCCAAUCUAUUUCCUUCAUAUAUUCAAAAAGUUGCUGCUGAAUGUUUGAUAUUAAUCACACAGACACCAUUUGGAUUAGAAUAUUUAUCAAGUAAGAAGAAGGAUUAUUUACAAAAGAUUAAGGAAUUGAAAAAGGGUUCGAAUCGUUUGGAUACAACAACAACUAGUAGUAGUAGUAGUAGUAGUAGUGGUAGUAGUAGUAGUAGUGGUAAUAGUAGUAGUAGUCAUUAUCAACUUUUAGAUCAAGUCAUUCAAAGUGUUGAAAAUAGAAACAUGAUUCGACCAGGAUCAUUGGUGAGAGUGGAUGAGAAUGGUCAAAUGGUGAACAUGUCAGCCACUCUAUCUGAAACAAACAUGGAGAAUAAUUCAACAACAACACCUUCUUCUUCUUCCCUCUCCGAAGCAGCAGCUCAUGAAAAAACCAAUGAAUUCUCCUCUCAAGAAACCUCAUCAGAAACACAAUUCAAUGAUUUAGAUUAA